AUGGAUGUCAAUGGCGGCCAGAUCAUCUCACUUCUGAUAGUAUUAUUGGCACUGAGUUCUUGCGCAGAUAGCCAGGCCGGCUAUUUCUCUAUCUCAACCGAUCUAUCGGCGUUGCUCGCCUUCAAAGCGGCGAUUAGCCACGAUCCGAACAACGUAUUGGCCGACUGGAGCGCUGCCGCGGGGAGCUUCUGCGACUGGGUCGGCGUCUCGUGCAGUCGGAGGCGGCAGCGAGUCACCGCCCUGCGCCUCCCGAACAGCGGCCUGGGAGGCACCAUUUCGCCUCAGCUCACCAACCUCUCCUUCCUCAGGGUGCUUGAUCUCCGAAACAACAGUUUCCAUGGCCGCCCGCUGGAAUCUCUCACGCGGCUGCGCCGCCUCGAAAGCCUCAACCUCUCGCGCAACGCAAUCGAAGGGGAGAUCCCGGCCAGCAUUCGAAACUUCCAGAAGCUUCGCGCCAUAUCCAUCAGCAAGAACAAGCUCUCCGGCGGGAUUCCGGUGGAGCUCACUGCCUUGCCGUUGCUCACCGUUGUAUUUCUCGGAACGAACAAUCUCACAGGUAAAAUCCCGCCCUUCUUGGGCAAUAUGUCAAAGCUGGAAUGGCUUGGAAUGGAAAGAAACCAGUUUCAUGGCACUGUUCCAGAUGAGAUUAGCCAGCUUAUAAACUUGAAGGGGAUUAAUCUAUGGGGCAACCAUUUGACAGGUUCUUUACCUUCAUCAAUAUUCAACAUCUCCUCUUUAGAGCAAGUUUUACUAUCGGAAAAUGCUUUCACCGGAAGCCUUCCUCCGACCACCGGACUUUUGCUGCCGAACCUUCAAAAACUCAAUGUAGAUAUAAAUCAAUUCAGUGGAGAAAUUCCAGUGUAUAUUUCCAAUUGUACAAAGCUUGACGAAUUAGAAUUGUCCAACAACCAAUUUACAGGGCCAGUCCCCAGAAAUCUUGGCCAGCUGAGCCUGCUUCAAAGCUUAUUUUUGGCUAAUAAUAUGCUGACAAUAUCACCGCCGCCGGGAAAAUCUGAGCUUGAGUUUCUCACUGACUUGACAAACUGCAGCUUGUUGGAAUUUCUUGUCAUAGAUAAUAAUCCCUUUAAUGGAACCCUGCCCAGUUCCAUUGGGAACUUGCCAAGCUCAUUGGGCUAUUUUGGUGCAUCUGGGUGUCAACUAAGGGGCCAAAUUCCUGAUGGAAUUGGUAACCUGAAAGUGAAUCUACUUGUUUUGAGCGACAACAAUUUGGAGGGAAGAAUCCCAACAACAAUUGGUCGGAUAGACACAUUGCAGAGGUUGUAUCUUGGCCGGAACCGGAUGGAGGGUUCGAUUCCCGAUGAGGCUUGUUCUUUGCACAGCUUGGGAGAAUUGUAUCUCCACAAUAACAAGCUCUCAGGACCAAUCCCAAGCUGCAUUGGUAACCUUGGAAACUUGCAGGUUUUGUUCCUAGAUUCUAACAAACUGAACUCGUCUAUACCAAAGAGUUUAUGGAACCUUGAAAAUCUUUCCUUCUUGAAUUUGUCAUCUAAUUUGUUGGUUGGGCCUUUAGAUCAGGACAUUAAGCCUCUGAAAGGCUUGGAGAGCAUGGAUUUGUCUUGGAACCGGCUCUCGGGAGAGAUUCCAAGUGCUAUAGGAGACUUCCAAAGCCUAGUCAGUCUAAACCUGUCGAGGAAUUCGUUCUGGGGACCGAUUCCUGAAUUGUUUGGCAGCCUCAUAACGUUGGAUUUCUUGGAUCUCUCCCACAACGGUCUAUCCGGCACCAUACCAAAGUCCCUCGAGGCACUAUCACACCUCAAGUUCUUGAACCUGUCUUCCAACAAGCUAGCAGGGGAAAUUCCAAGCCAAGGGCCAUUUAGGAACCUGACAGUAGAGUCUUUUGUCAACAAUGAAGCUCUCUGCGGCGGGCAGCCUACCCUACAAGUUCCGAGUUGUUCCAAUGGAAAAACCAAUGAAUCAUGGGCAAGAAGGUUUUUCACCAUUUCUGCGCCAGCCGUCGCAGCAUUGCUGGUCAUAUCUGUCUCUGUUCUAUAUGCGUUGAAGAAGUAUGGCAGAACUAACAUGCAUAGUCUAUACCCGGUUGAUCUAUCACCAGUCCCGGAUCACAGAGUGUUUUCCUACCAAGAGCUUCGUCGUGCUACUAAAGACUUCUCUGAAGAUAACUUGAUUGGACUGGGAAGCUCCGGUUCUGUGUACAAAGCAAUCCUUCCGGAUGGCCAAACCGUGGCUGUAAAAAUCUUGAACCUGCAACUCGAGGGGGCUUAUAAGAGAUUCGAUGCAGAAUGUAGUGUGUUACGCGCAGUUCGCCAUAGGAAUCUUGUGAAAGUAAUCAGUGUGUGCUCCAAUACUGAGUUAAGAGCUCUAGUUCUUCAGUACAUGCCCAAUGGAAGCCUUGAGAGCUGGCUGUAUUCUCAUGAACAUUAUUACUUGGGGUUCUUCCAAAGAUUAAGCAUUAUGAUUGAUGUUGCAUUGGCCUUGGAAUACCUGCACCAUGCUCAAGAAGAGCCUGUUGUUCACUGUGAUCUGAAGCCCAGCAAUGUGCUCUUGGAUGAACAUAUGGUUGCUCAUGUGGCCGACUUUGGCAUUGCAAAGAUCUUGGCAGAGAACAAAAAUACAAUCCAGACCAAGACUUUGGGUACCCUUGGCUACAUAGCACCAGAGUAUGGUUCAGAAGGAAAAGUAUCCACAAAGGGGGAUGUGUAUAGCUAUGGGAUAAUGCUACUGGAGGCAUUCACAGGGAAGAAGCCAACCCAUGAAAUGUUCGGUGGAGGCCUAAACUUGAGGGAGUGGGUCAAGGCAUCUCUGUCUGACAGUGUAAUGGACAUUUUGGAUGGCAACUUGGUGGCGGAGACUGAUUCCAGUGGCAUGGUGGAGGCUAAAGACCAUGUUUUGGCCAUCAUAGAGUUGGGUUUGAACUGUUCGAAAGAAGUGGCUGAAGAGAGAGUUCACAUAGAGGAUGUGUUGUCCAAGCUUAAGAAGAUCAAACACCACCUUCUUUCCAUGGGAUAUGCUUGAAAUCUCCCAAGAAAGUGCUUUGUUCAAUCAAUUUGGA